AUGUCUCAUGUUCAAAUAAUGCAAAAGCGUAUAUGUGAGAAGGCCAUAGAGAGUUCUGAUAGCGUUUCGGAGGCGUUAUUCGAAGAAUCUGAAUUGUCAUCAUGCUCUAAUCCAUCUUCUUCCAUUGAAGAUGAUGCACAACCUCAAAAUUCAUUAUCAGAAGCGCUGAAGAGCAUUACGGAAAGUUUCAGUGAGAAGCAUGUAUCAAGUUUUGUCAACAAGCUAUAUGGAGAGCUCUUACAAGCCUUCACAACAAAUUCUGAUAGAACAUUAAUUAAGACGAAGGCACCCAUUCCAACAACGAACGAAAAAGGUCGAUUUCUCGUCAUUGACUUAGGAGGUUCUACGUUUAAGGUAUUUGUUGUUGACCUCUUGGGUGAUUGCAAAGCUGCAAUUGUUUCUGGAAAGGUUUGGAAUAUUGAAAAUGACAAGAAGACUAUCGAUCGAGGAUUUUUCCGAUUGAUGUGUGAUCACAUUCAAGAGUUAUUAAAUACUGGAACUUAUUUUGAUAUCACACGUAAGAUACCAACGGCAAUUUCGUGGAGCUUCCCUGUCGUGCAAACAAGGCCAAAUAAUGGAUGUAUAAGUGACGUGACAAAGGGAUAUACACUAGCCGAAGACAUUAAAGGUCAGGAUUUGGGAAUUAUCUUUAGUAAGAUGAUGAUGGUUAACAAUAAUGUACAACUUGAAGUUGACUCGAUUGUUAACGAUGCAGUUUCUGUUUAUUUAGCCGGUUUGUAUGUGCACAAAUGUCAUCUUGGCCUUGUUUUAGGAACCGGUCUCAAUGCUUCUUUUCCUAUAAAAAGUCAUCUUUAUAACAGUGAAUUGUCAUUCUUUGGCACAUCCUUCUUGCCGUCACUAACACAUAAUUUGAUAGAUGAAACUAUGUGUCCAGAUGUUGCAUUCAUAGCCCCAGAUAAUUAUAUAUCUUCCAAAAGUCCGGUUUACCAGCCUCUAGAGUACAUGUGUGCUGGGAGGUAUCUAGGGGAAAUGUUUCGGCUUGGGUUGGUUAUUGGAGCUUUAAAUCGUGAAAUAUUUCAAGAUCAGAUUACGCAAUUCAAUCGUAAUGAAAUUCUUGUCACUCCAUAUGGUUUAAGUAGUAAAAUAAUCUCCGAGCUUUCAGAAGCCGAUUAUUCAAUUGCCUGUGGUAUCUUCAAGAUAAAAUUCGGAUUGAUUUUAACAUCAAAUGAUUACACAAUGAUUAAUAGUUUAAUUGAAGUCCUUACUAAUAGAGCAGCCAUUAUCCUAUCGGCUUCUAUUUUGGCAUGCAUGAAAUUUAUCUCUAAAUUGUCGUCAAAAAAAGACGUAAAUUUACGAGAGCAAUGUCGUUUAGUAUAUGUGGGCUCCCUUUUACAUCACUACAAGAAAUAUCUGACAAAGGUUCAAUCAAUACUUGAUAGAUAUCAUAUUGAUGUCGGUCUUCAAAAAUUUGAUAUGAAACACAUGGACGAUUCCAGUAUUAUCGGUGCCGCGGUUUCUGCUGCUACGUUUGUCACUAUGGAGCAUAUGUGA